AUGCUGGAUAAUCAAACGGCUUUAAAGUAAAAGAUUUUGCUAGACAGACUUAUGUCAGACUCAGAAAGAAAGAGCGAAGAAUCUUAUUUGAAUGACACCCCUAUUCUUACCUCGACUCACUGGAUACCGGGCACGUUAACGCUGUUGAUCUGAGUAAAGAUAACGGGGAGGAAGAAGGAGAGUUCCUGGAUGAGGAGUGGGGGGAUGAUCAGUGGGACGAUCUGGACGACGACCCGGACAACGAGGCUCUUGAGGACGACGACCGGGACGACAAAUAUUCCGACGAGGAGGAUGAGAGUCUGGAUACGGAGGAAGUAAACUUUAACGAGGAGGUGCUGGAAGACGAGGCGAGACUCGCAGUACGGAACAAACGUGGUAGAAGAUUUGAGAGGAUCGAGUUCUCUAACAGGCUGACGGAUGAGUUCAAAUUACUGAUGGGAGAAGCUAAUCUUGCUGUCGCAAAAGGUGACAGAAAAACCGCCAUUAACGUCUGUUUAGAGAUAAUACGAAAUAUUCCGGACAGUCCAGCCCCUUACGAGACUCUAUCCGUUAUAUUCGAAGAGGAAAACGACUUGUACAAAUCACUCCAGUAUGGCCUGGUGUCCGCUCAUCUCUGGCCAAGGGACCCUCUCAAAUGGUACGGUCUAGCACAGAAAUGUACCGAUCUUAACGAUAAGGAAAAUGAGAAGAUCUGUAUGAGUAAAGCUUUGCGGUAUUCUCACCUUAUUAGAGACAGGGGCUUCAUUGAGGACGUAAUCAGUUAUUUUGUGAAACCUGUAAGUUCGUUAGAAGAGAAGCUGUCUGAAGAGACUGCAAGUAAACUGGCUAUCGGAUAUCGGAAACUCAUCAAAAUAUCAUCGGACAGUGACAAAGAGGAGUUAACAGCUAUGGUGAACAUCUUUGAGACCAGAUGCUCUGAUGAUUCGAAAAAGGAAGAGUUUUGGGCCAAGACGUACGUGAGUCUGAUUGAGGCCCACCCGGAUCUUGCUGUUAUGGACAAAGUCGUUAAAGUUUGUAAGUUGUACUUAUCGGGGAAGCAUUACAGUAGAAUCCCUCCCUUCCUAGCAUUUGCUGACCUAGUAGCAGUAGUAUAUGUGCGCUCUGAGCUAGACACCACCAGCUCUAUCCACGAUCAGGUGCAAGAUCGUUUAGAGAAGCUACAAACAGGAGACAGUACAGCUGCUACCAACAUACCAGUAGAUGCCAAACACUACAAGAUCUCUAAUGAGGAAUGUCCCUGUGUUAUCCGUGCUGUCCUUGUCGCUUCUCUCAUUCACCUAGACCACGAUCAUACAAACACAGAGGAUUUGUUGCGUCCCCUGCUGACGAAAGAAGACACCAAUGAAGGGCUUCUGCUCGUCGCUGACGCUUACUUUGAAACCAACAACAUCAAUGCAGCACGCCCUCUGUACGAGCUACUGUCGAAGUCGUGUAACUCUGAUCACCCUCAUACUUGGGUACAGCUGGGUCUCUCCUACGAGGAUCAGGGAGAUUGGAAGGAGGCAGUUAGGUGUUACGAGAAUGUUCUCUCCUUUGACGAAUCUAACGAAACAGCUAAACUAAGACUUUUCUCGCUGCAACAAGUGCACCUGGCAGAGCACCAAGAGGAGUUUACUGUUAACAUUCACGCUGACUUCAGCACUGUCAAAGAGCUGAGUGUACGACCAGAUGUAGUGAAGUUAUCCUACCACAGAUCCAACGAGCUGAUAACGAGCAACAACUACUCAUCUGCCCUUGACGAGGGUUACAACGUCAUAAAAACCGCCCUGUUCGAGUCCAUCGAGGUGCAGAAGUCCAAGUCCCUCGUAAAGCAGAUCGUAACCGGGGAAUUCCUCAGAGGUUCACACACGUCAUCCUCAGCUUUCAACAUGUUGUGUCACGUGACCAGGCAGAAACUGGGUCACAACACUGGUCAGUGUGAGGCUUACCGGGACAUGCUAACCAGGGAGGAGUGGUAUGACUGGUAUGUUGACAUGUUAGCUUGCUGCAUGGCUGAAAACAGGCUGCAGCACGGGUUUAUCCUGUGUCUCGCUGCCCUCGCCUCCAGACUCAUUGACGUCCUGCACACUGUCAAGGAUAUGCAGAUACACAGUUUAUACCUGGCUGGAGUCCUAAACCAGAGAGAUUACAUUUCUGAAAAUAUCGGAGCCCUUCUUUACAACCACCCAGAUACGCCCGGAAUCUGGAAUAUUUUCUACUCUAUCCGACACAGACUCCCUCAAUACCGUCUUCAUCGACUGGGUGUAAGAUGGCUUCACAAGAACAGAGGCUCUUUCAACGGUCUCUUCCUCAACAUGCAGAACAGUUAUUAUUCUCGGCACUAUAAAGCAGCCAUCGCAUUCUUCCGGCAGAUGUUAGGACAGAGACCCAAAGACAGCACCGUUUACUUCCACCUGUCCCUCUUCUACCUACACUACGCGUGCAGCAAGGGACUUGAGUUCGUCUCACGUCGUCAUGAGAUGGCGGUGCAGGCCAUUGCGUGUGUUCUUAUGUACCAUCAACUGAGGGGGCCUUGUCAGGAAACUUACUAUAAUAUUGGUCGUUGUUACCACCACUUGGGUUUAUUCCACUUCGCGAUACUCUACUACAAAAGAGUCAUCGCCACCCCACCUUCAUCCCCCAAAGAAGUACAGCUACAGAUUGACAAGAUGAACAGGAGCAUCGCCAGGAACAGAGACAAAUCCGGGGAUAUUAAGUCGGGUCAGACUACACCUCGUAACAAUGAGAAUUCUCCUGAAAAUGACAUCAGCCGUGAAAACAGUCCCGCAAAUAAGAAUGGUGGUAUUGCUAAGGAGGGAACAAAUCUUCCCGAGGGGAUAAACCCUUCCGAGGGGAUAAACCCUCCCGAGGGGAUAAACCCUCCCGAGGGGAUAAACCCUCCUGAGGAGGGUAGUGAGAAAAUGUUAGAAACUGGAGAUCAUGUUGAAUUAAAGGAUAUUGACCUGACCAGGGAGGCAGUUUUUAAUAUGUGUCAGAUUUAUGAGGCUUGUGGAAGUGAACACUUAGCAAGACAGUUGUUGUACCGAUAUUCUGUAGUCUGACAAAAUUUUCACUGCGAUGUUAUUAUGUUCUUUACACGUUUCAAUUUCUUGAUUUUUAUUUUUAUUUGAGUUUUCGAUAUUGUUAUUUUGCAUAUUGAAGUUGAACGAUAUUGAAGUUGAAAGAUGUUAUUUUAUCAUGAAUGUUUCAGUUAUUUAUUAUUCAAGUGUGUAUUUAAAUUUUCAACUGGCAG